AAUCUUCAUUCGUAUUUCGUGUUGUUACUUGUUGUGGAACGGGAUAGACCCUGUUCCUUUUCUACUAAUUUUCGGCACACGUUUUGGUUACUCAAUUUAGGAUUAGGUCGGUCUCUUAAGAUGGGUGGUUAUAAGUACGUGCAAGAAGUGUACAGGAAGAAGCAGAGUGAUGUUUUACGCUAUUUGUUGCGUAUUCGCGUCUGGCAGUAUAGACAGAUGACUCGCGUACACCGUGCGCCACGUCCCACUAGACCCGACAAAGCUAGACGGUUGGGAUACAAAGCUAAACAAGGAUUCUCCAUAUUUAGAGUGCGUAUCAGGCGUGGUGGCCGAAAGCGUCCAGUACCUAAAGGUGCUACUUAUGGUAAACCCAAAAGCCAUGGAGUAAAUGAAUUGAAACCUAAACGCUGUCUGCAGUCAAUUGCUGAGGAAAGAGUUGGACGUCGUUGUGGAGGUCUCCGUGUCUUAAACUCUUAUUGGGUAGGACAAGACUCAACUUUCAAAUUCUACGAGGUUAUCACUGUUGAUACCGCACACCCGGCCAUUCGUAGAGAUGCCAAGAUCAAUUGGAUCUGUAAUGCUGUUCACAAGCACAGAGAAUUGCGUGGAAAGACAUCAGCAGGUCGCUCGUCCCGUGGUCUUGGAAAAGGUCACGGUUUCUCACAGACAACCGGUGGAUCAAGGAAGGCAUGUUGGAAGCGCAAGAACACCUUGCAGCUUCACAGAAAACGAUAAAUCCAUUUUUAUUAUAUUAUGCUCUUUUGUAUUGCGUUUAUAUGGCAACAUUAUAUGUUAAUAAAAUGGUGUUUUAUCUGAAAAUCCUUGGUUGUUAUUUCAAUUUUAGUUUGUUAUGAGUAAAUUAGUGGAAUUUAAAAUUAUAACUCGGUUAAAAAUUAAAAUAUAUUUAAUGCAAUUACAAUUACAAACAUUAUACUCUCACCUUUAAGUUUGAUUAUAGGCCAAUUUAUUCACAUGUUAACAAGGCAGAAUUAGUUCUGUAUGCAAAUUUACUAUGUUGUUUGUUUGUUAGAUAGAGAUAACGCUAAGGCAAUUUUUGAAUAAUUUGAUAUUAGAACUUAAGAAUAGAUUUGUCCAUUUGAACCAUUAUGUGAUAAUGUAUCUGUAAUAUUGAAUACUUAAUUUUUUACAUGGUAAAUCAUAAUAUUGAAAAAAAAUUAUUGAAGUUGCAAAAUCUUAUUUGUUCAAUUGAAUAAGUCUAGGUUGAGGUAAUUCUGCGGAAACAAUUUUGGAAUACUUAAUUAAAUUAACUAAAUAUUCA